GCCCAUCGUCUCCAUUGUUAGCCCCCCUUCGCUUGUCAAUAUAUUCAAUUAAGUGUAUUGUGCAAUUCCUGGGGAAGAUCACGAAAAUGCUUCAGAGAAUUGUAUAUAUAUUGAAUUUAAAGUAUGCAAACGUCUUUCAGGAUGGCAAGGAUCAGCGUUCUCAAAGGCAGCAGCAGCAAUGGCUCCAAGCUUUCUUCCGAAGAAUAGGUUUUCCCAGCACUUGACACCGAGAUUAGGGGCCGCGAUUGCCUUGAUCGCCCUGUCCACUUUGAAUUAUGGCUUCGACAACCAAGGAAUUGCGACGAGCCAGGCAAUGGCAGCGUACAAAAAGCAAUUUGGAGUGUAUAAUCCAAAGACCAAAACAUGGGCUAUUCCGACAUAUUGGACCUCGCUUUUGAAUAGUUUGAACUUUAUCGGUUUUGCAGUCGGACUCUAUCUGGGUAGCUUGAUUAGUGCUCGAUAUGGGCGCAGAAUGUCAAUGUUUUGCAUGUCAAUCUGGGCAAUGAUGUCGGCGACGGUUCUCAUUACUUCAUCUACGAUCGAGCAGGUGCUCGCCGGUCGUAUUUUAAACUAUGCGUAUGUUGGCAUGGAACUGUCAACAUGCCCGCUCUUUCAGGCCGAAAUUGUCCCUGCGCCUAUUCGUGGAAUGGCCGUUGGCACCUAUCAAGCAAGUCUGCUGCUUGGCGGAAUUAUUAUUAACAGCGUCUGUCGCGGCACGAGCGAGAUUCAAUCUAACGCUGCAUGGAGAAUUCCUCAGGGCCUCUUUUACAUUGUCCCUACCAUUGUCGCUUCGGGCGUGUGGUUCAUCCCCGAGUCGCCAAGAUGGUUGUUGGUAAAGGGCCGUCCUGAAGCCGCAUUGGAGUCGCUUCGAUUGCUGCGUGGCGCCAGGCCCGAUUAUGACCCCGAGGAAGACCUUGAGAAUCUGAAGAUCUCGUUGAGUGAGGAGCAGAAUCAGGGCUCCUACAGGGAUUUGUUUCGGGGAAGCAACCGGAAACGGACUUUUAUUGCGAUGGGAAUGAACUUCUUUAUGCAGGCAACGGGCUCUCCAUUUACAGCGGCAUAUGGAACUUUAUUCGUGCAAUCCCUCAACUCGCUGAACCCAUUCGAUUUUUCCAUUAUGAGCUCCUGCAUCAACACAGUUUCAAGUUUGGUCGCCAUCUUCAUCACGGAUAAGGUCGGACGGCGACCCAUUCUAAUGAUUGGGUCGUUUCUGCAGAUUGUUUGGCUCUUCACCAUGGGUGGCGUGGGAACGAUUGCUUCUCCAACCGCUGCACAGAAGCAGGUUAUUGUUGCUGCCACUGCAUUGUCCUCGGCUAGUCUAUGCUUCAGUUGGGACCCGCUCAAUUACAUUGUGACGACGGAACUUCCUGCUCUGCAGUUGCGCGACAAGACUCAGCGUGUAGCGUCUAUCGUGUCAAUUGUCACCAACUUUGCCUGGUCAUUCAGCGUUCCGUACCUGCUCAACGCUCCCUAUGCAAAUUUGCAUUCGAAAGUCGGAUUCAUCUUUGGAGCUCUAGCGUGCCUUUCGCUAGUGUUUGCUUAUUUCUGCGUCCCAGAGAUGCGUGGCAGAUCCCUGGAAGAAAUCAACCAGUUGUUCCAGGACGGAGUUUCCAUUCGAGACUUUGGAAAAGCGCCAAGGGUAAAAGCCGAGGAAGAUGAAGUCCAGGAGCUGCCAGUCGUCGAUAAAUCUGGUAACUAA